AUGGGUGCAUUGACGAAAAUCCGUCACCUACCAGAACAAUAUCCCAUGAUCCGGGGCAUGGUGUCGUAUGCCAUCAUCUGGCCAAGCUGCAGCCUGACCCAGGAGUACUUGGAACGUGGAACGACCAUAGAACACGCCGACUGGGCCCGAGCUGCUCGUUUCGGCUUUUUCGGAGCUUUCUGCAUGGCUCCUGUAUUCUACGGCUGGAUGAAGUACACCAGUCGAUUCUUCAAGAGGAAUAGUAUUGCAUCUGCUAUAAAGAGAGCUGCCAUCGAGCAAGUAUCAUACGGUCCCCUAGCAUUAGCUUACUUCUACUUCGGAAUGAGCCUCCUCGAAAUGAAACCGAUCAGCGAAUGCGUUAACGAGGUGAAAAAAAAAUUUUGGCCGACCUACAAGAUUGGAGUGUUUUACUGGCCCUUGGUACAGACGUUAAACUUUUAUUUUAUCGCAGAAAAGAAUAGAAUUAUCUUCGUAAGUGCUGCUAGUUUCGUCUGGACAGUAUAUCUAUCACACAUGAAAUCUAUGGAUAUGACGAAGAAAUCGAAAUGA